GGCGCGCCACCGCUGCCGCCGCCGCAGCCCUCCGCUUCCCCGGCUGGAAACGUUGGCUAUCGAGCUGCUGCUUCCAGGUCCGCGCCGCCCGCCGCCCCUCCCGCAGUCCCGCGGUUUUCGAGGGAGCGCUACGGGGACUCGGGACCGCCGGGGAAACCUGUGACCCCGCGCAGGAGCGGCGGGGCGGGGGACCGGGAGAAGAUGGCGACGCCGGGAAGCGAACCCCAAGCUUUCGCGCCCGCUCUCUCGGUAACCGCCCUGCACCCGCAUCUCCACCAGCACCACCAGCACCACGGAGGCACGGGCGGCGCGAGCUUCAACCUGCCCUUGAACCGUGGUUUGGAGCGCGCGCUGGAGGAGGCGGCCAACUCUGGGGGCUUGAACCUGAGCGCCAGGAAGCUGAAGGAGUUUCCCAGGACCGCGGCCCCGGGACAUGACCUCUCGGACACGGUUCAGGCAGAUCUAUCUAAAAACCGACUGGUGGAAGUGCCAAUGGAGCUGUGCCAAUUUGUAUCACUGGAAAUUCUUAACCUGUAUCACAACUGUAUCAGAGUCAUUCCUGAGGCCAUUGUUAAUUUGCAGAUGUUGACCCACCUAAACUUAAGUCGAAAUCAGCUGUCUGCCCUGCCCGCCUGCCUGUGUGGUCUGCCUCUCAAAGUCUUAAUCGCAAGCAACAACAAGCUUGGAUCACUGCCUGAAGAGAUAGGUCAGCUCAAACAGUUAAUGGAGUUGGAUGUGAGCUGCAAUGAGAUCACGGCCUUGCCCCAGCAGAUUGGCCAGCUGAAGUCUCUGCGGGAACUGAAUGUCCGGAGAAAUUACCUUAAGGUUUUACCACCAGAGCUAGUAGAUCUCCCCUUGGUAAAGUUUGACUUUUCCUGCAACAAGGUGCUGGUGAUCCCCAUCUGCUUCCGGGAGAUGAAGCAGCUGCAGGUGCUCCUGCUCGAGAACAACCCUCUGCAGUCCCCUCCAGCGCAGAUUUGCACGAAAGGAAAAGUCCACAUAUUUAAGUAUCUGAGCACGCAAGCGUGCCAGAUUAAGACAACUGACUCCCUUUACCUCCCCACCAUAGAGAGGCCCCAUUUACACCAGCAUGUGGAAGACGGUAAGAAGGACUCAGACUCGGGGGUUGGAAGUGACAAUGGAGAUAAGCGGUUAUCUGCCACUGAGCCCUCUGAUGAGGACACGGUCAGCCUCAACGUGCCCAUGUCAAACAUCAUGGAAGAAGAGCAGACCAUCAAGGAGGAUGCGUGCCAUCGGCUCACCCCAGCUAAAGGAGAAUUUCAGCCGAAGCCUUCCGUUUUGGGGGACAGUGGCGGCAGCUCAGGACAAGAAAGAGAGCAGUUUGCUGGCCGUGCAGAUGCCUUACACUCGGGACUUAUGAACUAUAUUAAGGACCAGGCAGAAGACUGUGAAGAGCUAUUGCGGAUAGAAGAGGAUGCUCACUGGCACAUGGAGGAACUACUAAAUUCAUCCAAAGACCAGGAUCUGGAUAUAGCGAUGAUUGAGCAGCUUAGAGAGGCAGAAAACUUGCUUCAGGAUCCCAACGGUCUAAGCACAGACAUCACAGAGAGAAGUAUUGUGAACCUGUACCCCAUGGACUCAGCAGAAGCCUUAGAAUUCCCUGACCCUUCACUCAAUGGCCAGUUGCAGCUGGAGACAUCUCCAGACCAUGAGGUGCAGAAUGAUCUAACGUUACAAAGUAAUGGAAGUCAGUAUUCUCCAAAUGAGAUACGAGAGAACUCCCCUUCAGUGUCUCCUACUGCAACCAUCACAGCUCCAUUUGGCCUGAAACCUCGUUCAGUGUUCCUAAGACCACAGAGAAACUUGGAGUCUAUAGACCCACAGUUUACGAUCCGGAGGAAGAUGGAGCAGCUGAGAGAGGAGAAGGAGCUGGUGGAGCAGCUCCGAGAGAGCAUCGAGAUGAGGCUGAAGGUGACCCUACAUGAAGACCUGGGGGCGGCACUCAUGGAUGGUGUCGUGCUCUGCCACCUGGCCAACCACGUCCGUCCGAGAUCUGUCGCCAGCAUCCAUGUCCCCUCGCCGGCUGUUCCCAAACUCAGCAUGGCCAAGUGCAGGAGGAACGUGGAAAACUUCUUGGAAGCGUGCAGGAAACUUGGCGUUCCCGAGGAAAAGCUCUGCCUGCCUCAUCACAUCCUUGAAGAGAGAGGCCUGGUCAAAGUGGGCAUGACCGUUCAAGCACUGUUGGACGUCACCGUCACAAAAGCUCUGUUCACAUGAGACCAAGCCCUUUCCUCUGGGUGGGCUCAGACUCUUCCCAGAGCAGGGACUCUGGACUCUGCUCCUGGCACCUGUACCUGCUCCCCAACUCACCUCCCUGCCAGGUCCUGGAGGAGGAGCUGCACUGACGUGGUUUCAGCCAAAGGGAGGACUCAGGACCUUUUUGAGUUGGCCUGCAAGUUUCAGGUUGGACAGGUGUUACCUGACAGCGGGUUAAGGGAGCUGGCGGAGAACUGAGUAGCACAUCAUUGCCUUUCGAUCCCCUUCAUCCCUUCCACACUCACCAACCGCCAUUACCAAAUGCCAAGCACAACCGUUUCACAGUGAGUCGCACGCGUCUGUUUUUGUCAAAACCAAACUCCUUGCAGAACCAGUAGGGGGAAGGGGGAUGCAAUCAGGUUUAUUUUGUUUUUUUGCCACCAAAAUUUUUCAAGAUGUUUCUUGAGACCAUUGCCUUUCUGAAAAACUAUUUUCAACAUACAAAAAUAUUUAUAUAAAUAUUAUUUAUUAGCGAGUCGUUAUUCAUCCUUUGGAUGCAAAUUGUAAAUUAGGAAACUAUUUUAUUACUGCUUUUUUGUGGUUAAACAAUUUAUUUUAAUAUUAUAAAUACUGAGUUAUUUUUGAGCCUCUUUGGCAUGUAGGAGUUCCGGGUCUCGGUGUGCAUUCUGUGGUGUAUAUGAUUCAGGAAAGAAAAAUUAAGCAAGAAACACGUGCUUCUGUGGCAGACAGAGAGAGCUGUUUUCUGAGAGGUGAUAACCACCUUUUGGUUUGUGGAACAUCGUUCUUAUUUAUAUUUCUGCAUUCCAUCCAGUUUUCUACAUUCCAGCAGCCCUCUUGUCCCCCAAUAUAGUGAACUGACUGAAAUCAAGAGAGCACCCCAAAGUUAUUUGUAAAUAGUUAUGUGGAAAAAGAAAGACAUAUUAAACUUGAAGAUAAAAUGUGAAGUUUUUUUUUUUCUGGAUUCAUGUUUCUUUUGCUAUGCACAAAACAUUCACAUUUUAACACAGAAAAGUAGGAAGUGUUCAGCAUAUGUCUUGAAGUAUAAUUUUUGCACUGUACUUUGUGUAAUUGAGGAGCAUCUAGGAGCAGAGGUAGAUGUUGAAGAAAAGGAUGAAAAAAAAUGGAGCUGGUUGAAGUUGACCAUCAAGCUACAAGGGCCGUAAGAGCUCAAGUCAGGAAACCAACAUGGAUGUACAACCGCCAGUGUUCAAAGAGCAAGAGAUGCCAAAAUAUAGACAUACUCGUUUUUAUUAUUAUCAAGCUGGUGCAUUUUUUUAAGAGUCCGGACUUGGAAGGGUCAUGGUGUCUGGUAGGAAACUUGGGAAGUGUGCAGCUCAUCGGGGCAGGGCCCCUGGUGGGCAGCUAUGUGCACAGCGAGGCAGACUGAGAGGGUUGAGUAAGUAGAGAGUGUGAGCAGCCAGUAGGGGGCAGGGGCAAGCACAUUAGGACUAGUAGGGAGCCAGCCCAAGAAGGGAGCACACCCCAUCCUGUCAGUGGGUCAGUGGGCGAGCUUCCUUCAAGGCUUCAUAGGACUAUGCAGGGGUAGUCACACCCACACGCACUCACCCUGUAGGUGUGGACAGAUACCUCAGCCAUUCAUCUGUCAAGCUUGGGAAUGCUGAUUGCACUUUGACCCCUGUACAAAGCCAUUAGCAGUUUCUAGAGCAUCAGUAGCCACGAUGGGGGACCAUCAAGGUGGAUACAAAAGACCACAGGAGGGAUGAGUGUGGUCAACACACACCGACCCUGCGUGUGGGACUUCAGAUCGGCAGCUAGUGAAGCUUCCUAUCAUGUGUACUGUGCACUUUAACAUAAAUAUAUUUGAAUAUUUUUCUGUACUGCACAAAUGCCUGUUUUGUCAAAUGGCAUAGCAGUGUAAAAGAUGAGAGGGUUUUUAACAGAGUAUAUUCAGCUGAAGCAGAAGUCAGAGGUUAUCUACACAAGGAUUUAGAAUGAUGUUCUAGAAUGUUGUACCUUCAGGGCAUUGUACCCCAGGGUCCUGAAGUAUAUUUUUACAUGUAUCUUUGACAACAUGAAGCACAGUAACCAUUAUUUUUGGAUAUUUUUUCAAAAUUAAAAUAUUUCUUUUGAUAUUAAUUUCCAGUAUUUUCAUGAAAUUGGCUGUAUCAUACAAAUGGCUUCAAUAUUUUGUAAAAUGUUUUUUAAUGCAGAUCUCAUAUGGAUAAGAUGUCUUCAAGAUCCCUGUACACUAUGUCUAUAUGUGCAAUGAAAUGUGCAUGGCUGGCUGGUAGCAUGAUAAGUAGACGGAAUGUAUAUAAUGCAAACCCUUUUAUUAUUUAACAGCCAUUAAAAUUUUAAACUUGUACCAACCACCUUUGGAUUGACUUAUCAAUCUGAUGCUAAUGUUGAUUCAACACACGAUUCAACACACCCACCCCCCUCCACACACACACUGAAAUAGAUCACAGCAAUUGUAUAUUGUGAAUAUACAUGAA